CUGGCCUCGUGUUCUCCCGCGCUGUGUUUUUGCGGUGUAAUUAAAAUGCAGGGUUUAAUUUCGGUGCACAUGGAGACGUUCAACAAGCUGCUACUGGAAUAUCCCGGAUUAAUGUACAGCGGAGUCGGAGCUACCGCGUUUGUAGCCGGCUGGGCGCUGAUAUACAAGAUAGCCACCAGAAAGAAGCCCACCCAUGCAAAUGUCAACUGCUGGUUCUGCAAUCAGAACACAGUAGUCCCCUAUGGGAACAGAAACUGCUGGGAUUGUCCUAACUGUGACCAGUACAAUGGCUUCCAGGAGAAUGGGGAUUACAACAAACCCAUCCCAGCUCAGUUCAUGGAACAUCUGAAUCAUGGCGUAUCUGGAAGCCUUCCUUCUUCUGAGACGCCCAAGACUCUUCAGUGGGUCAACUGUCAGAUGCUGCUUUGCAGGAAGUGCAAUAAUAACCAGUCUGCAAAGAUCAAGCAAUUGGCCUCAUACAUCCCUCGAGAUGAAGAGAACUAUGAUGAGGAAAUCGAAGCCUACAAACACCACCUGGAGCAGACCUACAAGUUAUGCAGACCAUGUCAGGCAGCAGUGGAGUAUUACAUUAAAUAUCAAAACCGCCAGCUUCGUACAGUGCUCCUAAACCAUCAGCUUCGGCGCACUCGAGAAUCAGACAUGGGGUUUGUAAAGAGCUCCCAGUCUCCGUCUUCUCCCACGGGGGUCAUACUAUUGCGGAUCCUUGCCUUCCUGAUAUGUGCUUUUGUAGUUGCUACAUCCUUCUGUGAGCUGCCUGAUCAGCCUGCUUCGACUAAUGGCCUACCAACAUUAAGCGGGGGGGUCAUUCCUCCAAAGCCCAAGGCCCAGAAUGAAUCCACCUCCAACAAUGACACCGCGUCCACACCUGUAUGGCAAAGCCUGCUGGACUUGGUCCCAGACAAGGCCUUGGAAAAUGCCAAGCUAGUGUGGCAUCUUGGAAGAGACAACCAGCUAGCUGUAGUUUCUGUUGGCCUCUUGACUUGUCUGUCUGCUGUCAUCUUAGCAGGACCGAUGAGGUUGAGGAGAAUCGAUACCGUAGCGUCUGUCCUGUGGUUCUUCAUCCUGUGCCUCUGCCUGGCCGAGUGCUACUUCACUGCUACCUUGGGCUGGAUGGACACAGCGAAGCUUGUUGCCAUCUCCCUCUGUUGCCUUGUCAGCUUUGCUGCUGCAGCGGCAACUCGCAAACCGCUGAGUCCACGACGAGCCAAAUAUCGCAGAUACCUUCCAGGCAGACACCUUCCACCGUCAUACUCUCCUGACCUGGCGGAGUCCUUCAUCCCCAUGCCGCCCCCGAACCUGUCCAAGCUCAUCAACCACCAACAGUGUCCUCGUAAGCGCAAGGCGUCCCCCUCCUCUCUGCCCGGGCGCCUCAGCAGAGCCCUCUGCCUCGGCACCAUCCCCUCUCUCACCAGGACAGAUUCUGGUCACCUGUUCAGUGGAAGCAGACCAGCUUCACAGUACUCACCGUCUUCAGACUACUUUUCACUAAAGUCUGAGAGCCGCCCUUCAUCCCCAGGUCCCUCUCCAACUCCUUCAGUAGCUGGCUCGGUUACAUCCAGCUCAGGUUCUGCCAGACUACGGCGUCCCCUCAUCUGCCCUGCUCGCCUCAACAUCAGCGGCCAGAAACUCCGGCUUUUCUCGACGGAGCCAGAACCCACAUUGACGCCCCCGCCUGUGUCUCCAUCGCAUUUCUUUGCAGAGCCGACUCCUUCAAUAUACAGUGGCCGGUUUUCACCUGACACAUCACCCUUCCAAAGUCAAAAUGAUUUAAGCUCCUUGUUAAGAGAUGGAAGUGUGAUCAGUGGGGACGCAAAGCAAAGCAGCUCCUCGGGGUCCUCUGCAUGCCUGGUUGGCACGACAACACAGGGAUUAGAGGGCAUCCCUCCUCCAAAAGGUUUUAUGAAGCGUUUCAUCUGGCCAGGACUGUUAUUAGCGAGCCUGACCGCCAACCUGUUCUUCUCCGGCCUGUACAUGUACCGCAACUGGACAUGAAUGACACAAUUGAAUUUUCCUAAAUAAAGUAUUUUUAAUUUAAUUUAGUUUCAUUUCAUGAGGCGCUGAUGGGUCCGCUGCUGUUGUACAGACUCGACCACUGGGCCUUGACCAACCUGUUGUCUCUGUGGAGCUGGAGGUCAUUCAGCAAUAGCAGAAACAUUCACCUCUCUGACUGUUAUUGUUUGCUGCUGAUCACAGACGUCUGCUGACACAUGUUCAGCAACAGGCCUCCCAGUUUAUUGGAGUUACAAUGAAUUUCUGAUUCGUUAGUGCUUAAACAUAUUUUGUCUUUUGGUCACUGCUCCUCUUAAACAAAGGCAGGCGCAACGGACUGAGGAGAAUCAACUUUUGCACUGAUGCUUAAAGGCUUUUUAAAAACCUUUUGCUGUGAAAUGUGCAAUAAGCAUGUACUGUUCAGUAGAUGUUGCUUGGGCACAAACGGUCGGGUCUUAUCUACUUAAAUGGACUGUAAUAGGUGUUGGUCUGUGUUUGUGUGCACUGUGUAACUCAUCUGAUAUUGAAGAAACACUACAGAAAAGGUUUGUUUUAGUCCGGCUGCAGUAGGCCUGGGUCACUUUGUGUUGUGCUUGUGAGAAGUUUGGCAUUUUCUGAAUGUGUGUGUAGUUACCACAACUUCUGGCAGGUUAAACAGAACUUUGCUUAGUUUUAAACAUGAAUUGGACUUGUAAAAUUUGCAAAUUUGAAAUGUCAAGAAGAACUGAUCUUUUAAAGCAUUAUCGGCUUAAACAUGGUCAUGGUGAAGAAUCUCUCCCUUGCCUCUAUUGGGAGUGUUACUGCUCGUUUAAAGCCUGAGAACCCAUCUGUCAAGAAGCCAUUCAAGUCUUGAUACAGGGACACACACAGACGUUCUAUCUUUGAAAUGUUCGUGUUGCUCUUUAAACACCAUUGCCACAGAAAGAAUACUUUGAACACAGUGGACGUCAUUUAAAAAAAGCAGGAAACUGUGUCUUGUGUUUUUGAAAACUGGUUUUUCACAACAAACAUUUACGGAACAUUUGCCUCUCAUUAGGAGUCAGAAACACACUCCUCAUUCUCUGGAUGACUUCAAGCCUGAGCUCUUGCAGAGGCAAGUUAAUCCUUCAAAUACAGGGGAUGUUCCUAUUGAGGAGGGUAUGGAGGGUACAGUGAGUGAAGAUCCUGAAGAUGAAGAAAUGAGAGAACUGCCGAACUUAAUGGGAAAAAAAUUAGCCCACAUGCUGCUGAAAAUGGAAAGCAUAUUCAAUGUACCACAAAGGUGUAUCUAGAGUUGGUAGAAGAACUACACUUUAUUUCUUCAUCAGCUUCAGGUCCUCUUUUAAAAGAUAUUUUACAGUCAUGCUUGAAGAAGCAUAAUUGUGAGGUUGAUGAUUUGAUCAUCUCAGAGAUGGUGACAGAACUAUGCAAAUCUAACCCAAUUGCAUUAGCUCUAGGACAUAAUGCUCUUCUUUCCACCUCCUACAAAAGAAGAGAGUAUUUCAAGGAGCAUUUUUCCAUGGUAGAACCUAUAGAGUAUCUUCUCAGUGCUAAGGAGAAGAAAAGUUUCCAAUAUGUACCUAUUUUGAAGUCCUUACAUGAGGUUCUGAAGAAAAAAGAGACCCUGGAUUUGCUCAGAUAUACCUCUGAAGCAGACAGCAGGUCUGACGCUCACGUGUUUUUAAGCGAAAUUGUUGGGACCUCGUGGCUCGUACGUCUACUCCAUACCAUUCCUAGUGGUCUCCCCGUUAUGCAACUCUUUUGAGACGUUUAAUGCUAAUUUGAUUUUGUGGUAAUUUCAGGUUUAGUUGUCUGUUUUGAAAUAAUUAUGAGCCAAAGUAAAAAAAUAAGUAAAUAAAUACUUAACCUUGUGUAAAAAAUGUAUGUUUCUGAAAAACUAAAACUUGCUACUGAAAACCAGUGUCUGAUGAUAGAAGUAGAAAAGUGUCAUUAGACCAGGAUGUGGACAAUAGUUUUGAAAAGCUAUUGUUCCCUUUCAACAUGCUGUAUACAGACUUGCGCAUUUGUACACGACGUGUAACCUGACGUACGUUUAUUUCUUCUCUGAAGAAGACUCAAUUACUGAAGGAUCAAGAUACAUGUUGAAAUGUAAAUGUUCUCUUUUGGUUGAAUUUUGCUGAAUGAGACAAACUUUUUCUUUGAAUUCAGAAUAAAUUCGUUUUUGAAUUUGUAUUUAAAGUGUAAUUAAAGUAUGUUGUGCUUUUUCUUUACCAUGAAGUAAACUCAAAGGUUUUCAGACUCUUUGACAACAAGUAUGAUUGUGUUGUUUGCUUUGAAAGUUUGUUUUUCCACCGUGUUCAACUUGUUGCAAAUGUUUGGUCUGUGAUUGUAUGGAACAACUUAAGCUUCAUCUGGACUUGUACUUUUUCAAUAAAAUAUUUUUUC